UCUUGUGUUUCUGUUAUCUCGGAAGUACGUAAACUGUUUCCGGUUUCAGGAGCGUUCUAUUGUAGCUAGCUAGCGUCAUUUAUUAGUUAGGUUUGCACAUAACCAGUAUGCGGCUUUGCCGUUUUGAAGUAAAAAGGUUUGCUAGCCACUUAGCUAAUGUCGUAUGGACACCUGUAAACUAUCCCAGUCGAUUCUUUGGAGGAUUCCACAACGUUAAGAUACACAUUUGAUUUGUCAAGCGAACGAGUCCACUGCCAAGUCCGUUCGAUAGCUAACGUUACGUAUACGUGGUGGGGGUCUUUGUUAGCUAGGCUAGUGUCAAACUGUCUAAAGAGAACAAGACCAAGAAGUGGAAAAGAGACUACACACAGUUAAAUUUGAAGAUACAUAUAUGUUCUGCUUUUCGUUAGGCUGAGGAACUCCAGAAAAACAUUAAUUGUCAAGAGUUGGAAGAUUUGCUUGUUACAUUCCUCGACUAAACUAAGCAAUGUUAGCUGGCCAUGUACUUUAGAAAGAACCUUAACAUAUUAUACAUAGAUGGCUAAGUAUGUUUGUGUAGACUAGGCCUACUAAACUAGCCAUUAGUUACAUGUCUGUAAUUCGUCCGGUAUUAGGGAUUCUAAACUAUUUAUAUCACUCCAAAACCAAAGGUUAUCUUUUGGUAUGGUAAAUUUGUUUGACGUUAGCGUGAAGCCCUCGCUGUUAUAAGAGCAAAAUUAGUUAAAGCAAGGUGAAAGUCUUGGGGACGACAUGUAGCUAGUGAGUACCCUCAUUGGAAUUUUCCCUUGGGCGUUGGUGGUUGGUUUCGAUUUAACAACACCAGGUGCGUCACGUGACUUGUCCUGUGGUACACACUUUCCCUCUUAUCAUUCCCAGUGAUCUCAGAGAGUUAAUUUGACUCAUCUAAUGUACUAUAGCUAGGUUAUAGUCUUAACAAAACCUCCAACAAACUCCUAAAACGGAAAUAAAUAAUAUAAAGUUUAACCCAUUAUUGCGUUCUCAAUAACUCGUCAUUGCAGUCUCUAAGUCCUUUAGUCCUUCUAAAAUCCAGACAGAAUUAAGGGCGCUAAAUUAAGGGAGCUGACAUGACAGCUGUAGUAGGAAGAGUUUGGGGGUGGGUGCGUCCAGCUAUCUCCUACCGGCCCUGGGGCAGCAAAGCAGGACUUGACAAAACCAUGAGGGACAAGCCAGUGACGGACGAGCAGCAGGCGAGAGGCAGCUGGGGCUUGGGGGGGUUAACAACCUGGGUUUGGGGAGCCGGACAGAAAAGACAAACAAGUGAACAAACAACAUUGAUCGAAGAGUACUGGGAAGCAAGUGAGGAGAAAAUCCAGUCCAGGGAAAUUGAAGAGCUGGGUGUGGGAAAGCAGGAAGCUGAGGGGAAAGCAGAACAUGGUGACUCCAGAUGGUGGAAUAAGGUUCUGCUGUCCUCCGACUUCCUCUGGCCAAGAGCAGCUGAACCUGGUGGGCUAAGUCAGAGGAAAUGUGUCAGUGGAGGAUGGGACUCUGACAACGAUGGGGAGUAUUCUGACUAUGGAACCCCUCCACUGUCUCCCACACCUAGCUCCUCAUCAGCCUUCCGGUUCUUUGCACUCGCCUGGAAUGGGGAGAUAGUUCCGGAACACUAUGAGAUCUGCUUCAACCUCCUUCGCCACCUGUUUGACCUGUUGGUGGUGGGCUUCCUGUGGACUGUGUCCCCCCCUACCAAGUUGGUCCUGGAGGUUCUAGGGGUCCAAGGAGGACUGAAGUUGUGGCUCCAUGGAAUGGCCAUGUUUUCUGUCUCCACUGUUGGAAUGGCGGGACUGCUUUGGUUGGUCCAAGAGUAUCUUCUACAGUUUGCUCUGUUGUAUGGCAUCGUGCAAGCACUGGUCAUCUCUGUCAGCAUCAAGCAGAGUGUGAUCCUAGGAGAGGGGGAUGAGGAGUAUGAAAAGGAGGUGGAGGAGGACGUGGAAGUGAGAGACGAUGGGGAAGUUACAGAGAUGUACUUGACUACGAAAGGAAAGAUGAUCAUUGAAUGAAAGUUUGUUUUGACAAUCAUCUGACAUGGAGGAAAGGGGAAUGUUUCAAAGGCCUGACAUGCAGGGAUUGAGGGAAGUUGUUUUGAGAGCCUACCAAUGCAAAGACAAAGACACAUGAAGAGAGCUGAGCCCAGCUGACACUGCAAUGAGGAACGGCAGAGGCUGGAGGACUUUAGGCUUACACUUCACCUCACUACUGUGAUAUUCAGUGGCGCUGAAGCAAAGCACACCCACUACAAUCUUGGUCAUCUAGGCCCAGUGAUACCACUGUUGUCGUCUGGGGCCCAGUGAUACCACUGUUGUCGUCUGGGGCCCAGUGAUACCACUGUUGUCGUCUGGGGCCCAGUGAUACCACUGUUGUCGUCUGGGGCCCAGUGAUACCACUGUUGUCGUCUGGGGCCCAGUGAUACCACUGUUGUCGUCUGGGGCCCAGUGAUACCACUGUUGUCGUCUGGGGCCCAGUGAUACCACUGUUGUCGUCUGGGGCCCAGUGAUACCACUGUUGUCGUCUUAGCACAGUUCUAUUGUUACAGAAUCUUGUUACCCUCUAGUUAGACUUCUUUUAUGUUCAUUUUGUAUUGUUCAGAUUAACUUUUGACUAUCUACUUGACAGAUACCAGCACUUUUUUUCCCCCCCCAGGUUUCUUUCAAAGCUUAUUCCAAGCAGAUUGUGUUGCUGUUAGUUUUUUGGACAUAAGGUUUAUUUGCCUUGUAUUUCUUUUCCUGUGCCUUAAUAUUUAAUAUGUAGUAGUAUGCCUUAGUAUAUUAUCCCUGUCUUUCUCCAUCAUAAUCAGUGUUAUUUGCAUUGUAAGUAAACUACUCACUGAACAUGUAUUUAUCUGUCUUGUCACACGUAUGUUCCUGUUUGAAAGGUACGCUACAGCCUUAGAAACGCAACCGUUACAAAAAUAAAUAUAUAUCUUACAAUUGUCCAAUAGCAAGUUUUGCACAAUCACAUACAAACCAGCAGUGAUGCUCAGGACCACUAAAUUCUACUUGCAAGAUUUUUUGUCUCUCAGCAUGUCACAAUCUACAGUAUGCAUGUGUAAGAAGAGGAUUCUAACCAGUGGAGGCUGGUGGGAGGAGCUGUAGGAGGACGGGCUCAUUGAAACGGAAUAAAUGGAACGUAUCAAACAAAUAGAAACCACGUUUUAACUCCAUUCCACAAUUCCAUUUCAGCCAUUACAAUGAGCCCGUCCUCCUAGAGCUCCUCCCACCAGCCUCCACUGGUUCUCACCCACAAUGCCACUGUAUUAUAAAAGGUUUGAAGAACAUUUCUAGUUUCUACAAUGGCCUUUUCCAGAUAUUUUUGUAUUUGUAGCAAAACAUACAGCUAUCACAACUUCACAGUGAUGCAGAAAGUUAUAUGAUAUACUAAUUGUGUACUGAUAAUGGGACCUUUAAAUAGUGAUACCACAUCGGUGAUUCCUCUAUGCCUUUUAUCUCGUGUGUUUUAGUGUCACGUUUUGACUUGUUACUCCACGUGUUGUUUACAAAGAAAGAUGUCUUGUAAUGAGAAUGUGCAAUCCCCCCCCCCCCAAGACAAGUGCUGGAUCACUGUCAAAAUGAUGAGGCAGCAACACUACUACAUGGAAACCCACCAGGGCCACGUUCAGUUGAUCAACCGUUGCAGAUAGAAAUGCGACGAAUAGAGCCGCCAUGACUCUUUGUUCUACGUUUCAGAGAGGCAUGUUUGUUCUACAUUGUAUUUCUAUCGUAACGUUCCACAACGGGUCAUUCUGAAUGCAUCCCAUGUCAACGUUGUGUUUUGUAAAGGAAUGGAUGUAUACAACGUGUUGAGAGAAAAAAACUUUGGAUCUGAUACUGUCCUUCUAGAUGUCUAUACCCAUUGCUAUACUGUAUACUGACUCAGCCUGAAAUAUUUCCACUGGGUAAAUAAAUAAAGAUGUGGCUUUUUUUUUUUUAA